UGGUGAUAGCGAGCUCAGCGCCGUUACACCAGAGUUCAUCCUCGCCUCUGUCAAAUAGCAUAUUGUGUAACGUUGAUGCAAUGGAUUAUACGCAGAGCUUAACAAACUUUCACAUGUCAUAGCUCUAUCAUUAGGCAUUUCUGCGCCUUCUAUAUGGAGUAUCCGGACCUAUUCCGAUCCACUAUAUUAUUGGGAAACUGGCAAAUCUACUCACAUCAUCAUGUCUGCCCCGCACGAGACGCACGGCAGUUUUGAUAUGAAGGAAUCGAAUCCAUUGCUUCCAAACAUAUCGAAUCUCGGCAACAUAUCACCGAUUUAUGGCCGAUGAGGAAGCCAAACUUCACUAUGCGAUGCUAUCAUUGUGCUGAGAACAUUGCCAGACAUUGCAACCAUUGGUAGAAUAUGCAGGUUGACCUAGAACGGACGUAUUGCUCCGCGUCGUCAGUCGGAUAUGUGAAGUGACAAGAAGGGAAGAAGUUGAGAAUGUGGAGAAGAAAGUGGUGUGGUUGAAGUGAAGAUAUAAAGAGAUGUGAACCCGGAACACUUUGUACGAUUUGAAUUCAAGUGUGUACGGUUUUCUUUCGUCAAUCACCCAUCAGUUUCAAUAGCCAAGACCUUCAAGGAUGGCUUUCACCAAAGGCUACGCGAUCUUGCUGAUCACUUUGUUUCUCAAAGAGAACGUCCUGGCAGCACCAACUGGAGAUCCCCUCCUUGGUUACCAACCUUCAAACGUCGUCAUCAACCAAAAUACCGACAGCACCGAUUAUGAACUUGCACCAGGCCAAACCGAUUCGGCAGCCGUAGGCGCCUUUCUUGACUUCAACGGUGUUGAGGAUCCUCAACCGAUCCGCGGCAGCAAAGGUGGUACUGACCCGGGUCCACGAACCGAAAUAUAUGAUAUCCUCAACCCCGAUAAAUUUGCACCUCCAGGCACCGAUCACGGAAGUGUGAGUAACGCGCAAUGGCCCAUGGGACUCAGUCACGCGAAGCUAGGAAUCGGUUCUGCAGGCUGGUCGAGACAACAAAAUGUGGAUAAUAUACCCGUUGCUACUGAGAUGGCGGGUGUGGAUAUGCGCCUGGAGGAGGGCGCUUACCGCGAACUGCAUUGGCAUAAAGCAGCGGAAUGGGCUUACAUAUUUAAUGGGAGUGUUAGACUUCAGGCUGUUAAUGAAGACGGUGAGACAUUUGUUGAUGAUUUAAGUGCGGGCGAUGUUUGGUUCUUCCCACCGUAAGUUGGCCCUUAUCAUACACUUGAUACCUGGGCUCAUUCUCGCUUGGGAUAUAUGGUCUUUUACAUACUAGUUCCUAUGUAUCGCGUUGCUAACAAACAUUAUUUAGAGGUGUACCACACUCUUUACAAGGAUUAAAAGGCGGAACUGAAUUUCUCUUGGUCUUUGAUGACGGAAGUUUCUCCGAAGACAAUACCUUCUUGGCUUCAGAGGUCUUUGCGCAUAACCCAGUAUGAUAAAAUCCUAGCGUCACAAAGCCAAGCGCUAAUCGCAUUUAGAUUGAAAUCCUCUCCAAGAACUUCCAACUUCCCGAAUCCGCCUGGUCCGACAUCCCCUCAGGAGAACUCUUCAUUUUCCCCGGCACGAAAGCCCCUAUCGAUAUAGCCGAACAAAAUGUUACCGGCUCAGCUGGUCUCGUUCCUCAAGAAUUCUCCUACUCUUACCACCUUUCCAAAGCCCCUCCUACCCAUGAUACCGUUGGUGGAAGCAUCAAAAUUCUCGAUCCGAAAUCCUUUCCCCUCGCUGCCCAAUUUUCCGCCGCAGUUGUAACUGUGCAUCCUGGCGCUAUGCGCGAAAUUCAUUGGCAUACUACUAGUGACGAAUGGAACUUCUUCAUAGCUGGAAGUGCGAGAAUCAGUAUAUAUGCGGCACAGGGGAUGGCGAGGACGUUCGAUUAUCAUGCAGGAGAUUGUGGGUAUAUACCCAAGGGGAUGACGCAUUACGUUGAAAAUGUUGGGAAGAGCGAUUUAGUUUUCAUUGAGGUUCUAAAGGCUGAUCAUUUUUCGGGUAAGUUUUGUUUAUUGUCAGAGUUUAGAAGAAUGCUAAUGUGUCAUAGAUAUUUCGGUUGGUCAAUGGGUCGGCUUGACGCCCAAGCAGAUUGUAGCUGAUACCCUCAAUCUGACCAAUGAGACUGUCUCAGCUUUCAAGAAGGAGAAGCAGUACAUUGUGCAAGGUGAUGUGGUUGCUUGAUUGGGCACGUGGUAUCCUAGGACCAAAACUUUCCUCUCGUUUUACAGCGUCUAGCUCUCAGUCUUCUCAAUUUGGUUGCUAUCAAAUAUAUACGCCUUUUAUCUCUCGUCGCGACGAAAGGGAUGUUCGGUUCUCCUAUCAUUAAAGGCACACGAAAUCAUAGAGUUAGCUCCUUGAUAAUUUUAUAACUUUUUCUCAAUCAUCGUGUCA